GCGAAUAAGAUGAACCAUACUAGCGCCGAGAGUGGCAACCGGACGCACUUCUCUCCCUCAAAUAAGUCUGGUGGCCUAACGCAUUCCAGUGCGAACACGUUUUGACGGGCUGUGACGAAGACACGGUUUGCCGCAUCCGUCGAAUUCCGUUGCCCAGAGUGGUUCGGAGUUGUCGACUUGGCUGUCUCUUCAACUGCACCUCGGCAUCGCAUCAAUCAUGGCUGCCGCUAAUGACCUCGACAAUGGGACGAAACCGUGGACUGUUGAAGACUUUAUUCGUCACGUGUGGGUCGUCAUUCCGGACAUCACCAGUGAAGUGCUCAAAUCGGUGCUGGAAUACGUCAAAUCAGCGGGCGUCACCAGUGAAGCCGACAUCGAUAAAAUAGAGGGUAGCAAGCUUUCAGCCAUUGUUGGGCCCGAGAAGGCGAUUGAACUGCUGGACUACUUUAGGAAGGAAGGUUCCUGUCACCAAGCAUCGAACAGCAAGAAGCCACUGUACCGUGAAGACACAAGUGGCACGGCAGGCGGUUCUGCGCCGUCUGCGGCUGUGAUUCCUGCCGCAGGAGGCGGUUCCCAGAUGGGCCAAUUUGGUACGACAGGCAGUUCUGCGCCGUCUGCGGCUAUGGUUCCUGCCGCAGGAGGCGGUUCCGAGAUGGGCCAAUUGUUCAUGAUGGCUUUAGAAAUGCAGCGGCAGGGGAAUCAGCAGAACUGGCAGAUGAUGAAGGCGAUGCAGGAGACGCAGAAAGAAUUCCUUGGGGAGGUCUCGACAAUGAUGAAGGAGACAUCUUCGGUGGUCAAGGACACGCUGGAAACGAUGACCAAGCAGACUACAGAGCAGGCAAACAUGCACCGGGAGACACUUACGGCCAUGCAGAAUAACACGGCGGCCGCGAGCAGGAUGAACUCAGAGACGCUGCUCGCGGUGCAGCAGAGCAUGAAUGAGACGCGCAAGAUGAAUUCGGAGACGAUCAAAAUGGUCAGUCAAAGCAUGGCCAAUAUGCUCGAAGCACAGCGAAAGAGCGCCAGAGAGAUAGAAGAAAUGAUUAAGGAAUCCCACCAAAAUGGAUGCGUCAUCUCUUGAUCGUACGGUGGGAGCAAAUAAAUAUGGCAGACAGCAACUUUCCCACCUUUGCCGAACAGUAGCCUAUAAGAUGCGCCCAGUAACACAUCUAUUUUUCGAAGCUGACAACACUCAUAAGUCCAGUGCGAUGAUUUUCAAUAAACAUAUAUCCGCAAAAAAAAAGGCCACAGACCUGCGCGGCACACGCAGCAGUCGCAGCGUAAGCUGGAUGAGCGGCUCCAUAGGAGCUCCAUUUUCGGCACCACGCACUACAGCGUGUUCGCGGAGAAGUGUUUUCGUGUCGUUUUCAUGAGAACGUUCUGAAAUGUCCGCCCGGCGUCGACGACAAGCUGCGGCUUGUGCUGGCAUCGCCUUUGAAACGGGGUGGUGACAAAUAGUA